AAAAAAGUGAAAAUAAAAGUAAAGAAUGGCAGAAUUUUUCUGCGAGUGUUCUUUCGAACAUUAAUCUCCAUCUGAUAUUCCAGCCCGCCAGCCAGCGCUUCCUGGUGAAGGCGUGCGUCCCGCUUCUUGAUUCGUUUACCCGGCGGCACGCUCAAGGUUUGGAGAGGGGAAGGAAAAUGGCGGGGGGUUUAUUUCUCAGCUGGAGGCGUCCAUCCCGCGACCAACAAAAAGCCUGCAUCGCCCAUGCCGGAGUCUUCAACUACGACCCCCGUUUCCGCGCCGCUUCUUCUCCUCUUCCUUCCCGAAACGGAAAAAAAGAAGCAGAGGAUGCCCUCUCCAAGAAUGGCUUCUUCAUCAACCGCGCUCGCGUCCUUCUCGGCUCCGGUCCCCUCACCUUCCGCCUCGCCAAAUCCGCUCUCCUCUCUUGGAGGCAUUUUAGGUUGGGGUGGGCGUUCGUGGACACGGAGAGCCCAAUCGAGACUGGGGCAAAGUUCUGUGUCUGUGUGAAGGAGCUGCUCCCAUGGGUCAUGAUGCCUCUCCAGGUUGCCUACGUCACUGAUAUAUCCACACCCAUCGAAGCAGCAGCUGCUCGGCCUAUCAAGGCUUGUUUCGGUUUCGGCAGCGGCACUCUCCAAGGCCACCUCCUGGCUGGAGAGGAGCGGUUCUCAAUUGAGUGGGACGAGAAUGACCAGGUCUGGUAUGAAACCUUUUCCUUCUCAAAGCCUGCACACAUCCUCUCAGUUAUUGCCUAUCCGUAUGUGCAGCUUAGGCAGAAAUACUUUGCUCAGCAGUCCACAAAUGCGGUACUAAAGUAUGUCACUUCCAAAAAACAAUUUACGACAUAAAACUGUAAAGAAUUCCGUGUGUCCCACAAUGUUCUUUUUUUUUUUUAAUCAUCUAGUAUUCAAGUUUAUAUUCUGUUGCGAAACUUUCAUAUGCUAGCAUGCCAUCUCCUGAUGCUCAUACCGAUGUGUCUUAAUGGUAAUACUCUCCCAGGAGCAAAACUUGAUCCAGCUAUUAUUACCUCA